AUUCUAAUUAACCCUUUUUUUCAUUUCUCUUCUUUAAUUUUGUACUAUCUUCACUUCUCCAAAAAUUCCUCUUCAUUAAAACAUAACACUUUCCAUUCACUACUAACCACCAAAGAGAAAGAAAAAAAAAGUGAUAGAAUAAAAAACAUAGAAUAAAAAAUGGUGGGUUUGAGUGUAGUAUUAGAAGCUCAAAAAAGUGGUAAUAGCAAGAACAAGGAAACUCCAAAAGUGAUUAACAAAACCAUGAUGCUUAAUAGCAUCAACAACAAACAUUAUUCUCCUUCUGAAGUUUCCUUUAAUUCUUCUUCUCAUUUUCAUGAACAAGCAACUUUCCUAGAACUAUGUUUUCUCUGUCGGAAAAGGUUGUCACCUGGAAAAGAUAUCUACAUGUACAAAGGGGAUAGAGCUUUCUGUAGUGUGGAAUGUAGAUGCAAGCAGAUUUUCAUGGAUGAAGAAGAAAGCAAUGUUCAGAAAUUAGAGAACUGUUAUUUAGCUUCAGAAGGUUCUUCUAAUCCAAAAAGGAAGAAGAAACAGAAAUGGUGGUUUUGCUUAUUGAAAUGCAUGAUGAAGAAAGGAAAGGUAGCAUAGUGAGUAGAGAGGAAAAAUAUUGUAAGACAAAAAAUGGGUUUUUUUUUUUUCUUUUUUUUUUUAACAGUUAUUUUAUUUUCUAGUUUUACCCUGCUUAAUGUGGUGAUAACCUCAAAGUAUUUUGUCGUUUUGUUUGUUUGUAUGAAGCUGAAACGUCCUUUCUACUUUUUAUAUUAUGGGCUCCAUUCUCCAACCUUUUUGGCUA